GUUCCAUGUGACAUAGACACCAUUACAAAGGCCGUGAUUUAUGAUUUAAGGCGCAUACUCCUGGUGGUAUAACAUCCAAGUCUAUUGUAAACUUUAAGCGCAAAGCCAACCUAGCCUUGACAAACAAAUACACAAUAUAACUAAACGCAACUUACACAAGAUGGAUUCAAUAAUCAAGACGAUCAAACUCCCCCAGUCCCAAUGGACCUCAUCUCAGGACGGUGGCCGAGUUGAUUGGGGAACCUGCUCCGUGAUGUAAAACAAGAAGAGGAUGAGAAGAGAACCUACCGCAGCGUGCUGUUGGGGUUAUAGUCGAAAGCCACCCUAUUCUCACAGUUUCAAAAGAUUUAUAGGAAUAUAAUGGAAAAUCAAAGUGGUUUAUAUAAAGAUGAGGAUCGUUUGCCUUACUUUAGAUUAAUAAGACCGAUUAGAUUUCGAACCUACUAGAACCAACUAGAAGAAACGUGUUAUUAUAGUCCUAUAUUCAUCAUCAUCUAACUACGUAUUGUACAUAUAAGAAACAUGACUUUCCCUAACAGUUAUAUUUAAUUACUAUUAAUUAAAUAACAUUAUUGACAGCGUAUAUUAUAUCAUACUAUUGAAUCACCAGUUUCGGUUCCGAUCUAGGCAGAUUCCCCUUCUCGGGAUCUCAUCCAAGCAAGCAGGACCUAGAACCUUUCGACAAUGACCUUCAACGUCCUCGUCUUCGGCCACCGUCUCCCCGGAGUCACCCCGUCCCAAUUCAAACAACGCUACGAUGAGCAUAUCCUCCUCAUACAGGAAAUAACAGGCGCAUGUUUCCCCCUGUCACACACACGACGAUACAUUCAGCGCGCCGACGGGCAGAAUGCCAAGGUCAUCGCGGGGUCACAGGAAGAUUUUGAUUUCGAUGUAGUAGCGGAAAUGGUAUUUGAGAGCGAGGAGAUAUUUAAAGGGUUUUAUGAGAUCGUGAGCAAGGAGGAUAAUGCGAAAAUUAUUGACGAAGAUGAGAAGAAGUUCUUUGACAGGAAGCGGGUGAGGGUCGUAGUGCUAGGAGAGACGGAGGUUACGAAGCGAAAGGCCUGAAUAUAAACUAUUCGAUUCAGGUACGUGUAUAUUGGUUGCUACUCCCCUCAGUGCUUUAAUAUACAUAUAAAAACUAUCAGGUAAAUCCGC